AGCAUGUAAACAUGAUCGGUACAAACUUUAAAGCUUCUAGUACGCUUCUAGUAAUGACAAAGUAGCUUCGAGUGUCACUUAGAAGUAGCCUUUACUGUUCACUUCGAGGCAAAAGCAACGUGGGAUCAUCUGGGACGAACAACAAUCGGGGAUAAGCACCCGGAACAAAACAACCCCAGUGAACAGGACACAGACACCCAUGCACAAGCAAGUGUGAAAAACGAGGCUUCAUCUUCAGAAGUUCUACAUUUCCGUUACAAGUAGGGAUGGGCCAACAGAAUCCCUGAAUCCUAGGCAGGGGUUCGGGAAUGCGAAUUCCAAUUGCAAUAAACGGAGAUUUAGACAAGAACCCCUCGAUGGUGCUUCUUCUGUCUUGACUGGGAACCCAUGCAGAUACGGCUGACCCUUUGACACGCAGUCGAGGACAACAAACGAUUUACUCCUCAUGAAGGAAGAGGCAAGACAUACUCGUGUCUUUGAGUCUUCACGUUCCAUCACCUCGGAUUCACAACUCCAAGAAAUGCAGCUCCCACCAGAGAUGAGUGGUCAGCUCGUGAGAGUGAAGUCGGAACCACCUGAUGUUGCAUGCCUGCCAGAAGAGAGACAGAUACAGCAACAGCGUCACAACGAGUCUCCAUCAGCAGCUGAUGCUUGUGGAGUUACGACUGGGAUGUGUCGCAUUAAAGAAGAACCUCGAGAGGAAUCUUCGAAUGAACAUCCAAUCAUAGAAGUCAAGACAGAGCCUUAUAACGUUGUCAUCUUGAAGGAAGAGGACCAGAUGGGACACAACUCCGAUUCAACAUCGGAAGAUGCAAGCGACAGCACUGAUACGCUCCAUAUUAAGGACAAGCCCAGACGCACUUGUGAACAAGAAUACUCAGGUUACCCUUCUUCAUAUGCACAGUUCAAGAUCAGCACAACAACGGUUGAACUGCAGCUCGACAGCACUGCACUAGUCGCUACGAACGAUCGACACGCUGAGCAACAUAGGGACCAAAGCAAGCCGUGUGCACUUGCAUCCAUGUCGAAAGCCAGCCUCGAAUGCCACAGGUUUGCAGACUGUCACAACGAGUCUGAAAAGUGUUCCACUACUCCUCCAUCGGAUGUUCAGGUGGGAGGGAUGGGUUCUGGGUGCAACACUUGUCCCUCUGCAUUCUCGUGGUCUGCAGGAGACGAGAACCACAUGGCUUCAGAGUUCAGCACGAGCCGGAACCUACAGCAGCACAAGAGGCCAUAUUCAUGCAAGAAGCCAUACAAGUGCGAUGUCUGCCCUGCGGAGUUCACAAGGAAUGCUCACCUGGAGCAGCACAAGCGGACACACACAGGCGAUAAGCCAUACAAGUGCAGUGUCUGCCCUGCUGAGUUCAGCCAGCGCGGGAACCUACAGCGUCACCAGUGCACACACACGGGCGAGAAGCCAUACAUGUGCAAUGUCUGCCAUGCAGAGUUCAUCCUGAUUGGGCACCUACAGCAGCACAAGCGGAGACACAUGGGUGAGAAGCCAUACGAGUGUGAUGUCUGCCCUGCAGUGUUCAGCCACAGCGGGAGCCUACAGCAGCACAAGCGGACACACACUGGCGAGAAGCCAUACAAAUGA